GUAACAGAUAAGUGUGACAUAAGUCGCUAUAUUUAUCACCAUAAACCUCAGCCAUUGCCAAAGGGGAAAAAAGGAAAGAAAGAAAAAAGGUUAAAAAAUCGCAAGAGAGGAGAGUCGUGCAGAAAGCUGAUUGGUAGUAUAAACUAAGAUAACAGGUGGCGGGAUUUUCGUACAAAUUAUGGCUCCCCUCCAAUCUUAGCGGCGAUCCGCUUCUACCGCGCGCGCGCUCUCUCUCUCUACUCUCUCUCUCUCUCUCGCACUAAACAAACAAACCCUCUGUCAUCGUCAGAACUUUCUUUUUUUCCUUUUUCCUAAGUUUCGCCCACGCCCAUCCAAUCUGUAUCUACAUUUAACCGCCUUGAUUUCAGUUUCGAUCUCUGGAUUGCCGGUGGAGCUGCAUUCGCGCGUUUCUCGACGUCGAUUUACCGGAUAACGUUGGAAUUUCUCUGUGUCUGCGCGUUUAUUGAGAUUUCGCGUCUGUAUAUACCGAUAUUUUGGAGUAGAUUCAGGCGUAAGUGCAAUGGAGAAGGAGAGGAAAAAGUAUCCGAUUGGAGCAGAGCAUUACACACUGUUUGAGGAGGUGGGGACGGGAGUCAGUGCUUCGGUUCACCGCGCGCUGUGUAAUUCGCUCAACGAGGUUGUCGCCAUCAAAAUUCUCGACUUUGAGCGUACUAAUUGUGAUCUGAAUAACGUUUCACGUGAAGCACAAACAAUGGUCCUUGUUGACCAUCCCAAUGUUUUAAAAUCGCAUUGCUCCUUUGUCAGCGAUCACAAUUUGUGGGUUGUAAUGCCUUAUAUGGCUGGAGGCUCUUGCCUGCACAUCUUAAAGGCUGUACAUCCUGAUGGUUUUGAGGAGGUUGUCAUUGCAACAGUCUUACGGGAGGUGUUGAAAGGCUUGGACUAUCUUCACCAACAUGGCCACAUUCAUCGGGAUGUCAAAGCUGGCAAUGUUCUUAUCGAUUCACGUGGUGGAGUCAAACUGGGAGAUUUUGGUGUUUCUGCUUACUUGUUUGAUGCAGGUGACAGACAACGCAUGAGGAAUACUUUUGUGGGUACUCCAUGCUGGAUGGCACCAGAGGUUAUGGAGCAAUUGCAUGGAUAUGACUUCAAAGCUGAUAUUUGGUCUUUUGGCAUAACUGCUUUGGAGCUUGCGCAUGGUCAUGCCCCUUUCUCAAAGUAUCCUCCAAUGAAGGUUUUGCUCAUGACAUUGCAAAAUGCACCACCCGGUCUUGAUUAUGAGAGAGACAAAAAGUUUUCUAAGUCUUUUAAGCAGAUGAUUGCUAGUUGUUUGGUGAAAGAUCCUAUAAAAAGGCCUUCUGCAAAGAAGCUGUUAAAGCAUUCUUUUUUCAAGCAAGCUAGAUCUAAUGAUUAUAUUUCUAGAACUCUUCUGGAGGGCCUCCCAGAACUUGGUGAUCGCCUUCAGGCAUUAAAGAGAAAGGAGGAAGAUAUGCUUGCACAAAAAAAAAUGCCAGAUGGACAGAAGGAGGAAAUAUCCCAGAAUGAAUAUAAACGAGGGAUUAGUGGUUGGAACUUCAACCUUGACGAUAUGAAGGCUCAAGCUUCACUGAUACAGGAUGAUGAUGUUAUUCCUGAGAAAGAUGAAGAAAUGCAAGCUAAACAUUAUCAACAACAGCCAUCCUUGUACAAAAGUUCUAAAGUACUUCAACACCAGUUGUCCUUUGCUAGUCAACAUUCUGAUGCUGCAGAUUCUGAUGAUAACACCCCUGCUUCUGUCUCAUCAGUGGACUCUACAACUUACACUAUCCUUCUUAGUGCUAAAUGUGAAAAAUCCGAUGAUGAUGGUUGUGCCCCCGGUUCAACUUUGGAGCAGCCAACAAUGAAUGCUUCUCCUGGCAGUGAGAAUCAUACAGAAAGCAACUUAGUAGAAAAGCAUGCCUCAGAUGUGAACAGAAAAUCAUUAGAUGGGGCCCCAUCAAGUACUAGUCAAAGCGACAAAGUCCAAAAUCAAUGUCAGAACUUGUCCAGGGGGGGACACUCCCAUCUGCAACCGUCAGAAGCACAACCCGAUACAAUAUCCAAAGGAUCAAAAACAUCAGUUAAUGGAGAUGAAAUUGACGAGAGAGGCAAAAAUCCAAUUAUUCAGCAAAAAGGACGAUUUAAAGUUACAUCAGAAAGUGUUGAGACGGAUAAGAUGGCUGCAGCCCCUUUACUGCAGAAAAGCCACAGCAUGCAGGUGAUUGCACAGGUUCCAGCAGUUUCUUCGCCAUGGCCUUCUGAAGCUUCUUCAUCAAACAACGCUUAUAGUCAUGCCCUUUUCGCCCAUCUGCAGAAUGUUCUCCUUACAAACACUCUUCAAAGGGAUAAUAUACUUAGUGCAAUGAAGCAAAUUGCUGUUGGCGAUUUUCCAGAUGCAGGGUCCAUGCCGAUGAACAUACAAUUGGCAGAGAAAUCCAUGCUGGAGGCUGCUCAUGAAAGGGAAAAGGACUUGAUCCGUGAGAUAACCGAGUUACAGUGGAGGCUUGUACGUUGUCAAGAAGAGAUGCAAAAAUAUAAAACAGAGAAUCACGGGUGAAAUGCUUACUAACAGUCUGAUGCAGUUCUGGUAUGGUAUGUAUAGCUUUCCUAACAUAUAGAAGGCCCACAAAUGCAAUUGAUGAUAUUAUUAUUACACAAAGUUUGUAUCAUUUAUUUGAAUUUGUGGUGGAAGGCUUCUUCCAGUUUAGCUACAUUCAGGUUUCCUUUACUCUUGCUUAUUUUUUAUUAGCAGGCUCGAAAAUCUGAAAUUGUAAAGUUUAGCUAAACAUUCUGAAAUAUUUUCAUUCGUAGUGUAUCAAACAAAACAACUUUUAAAA